GCAUUAAUUGAAUGAUCAAGUAUAUUUUUAGAUUUUUUGGCUAGGAAAAAAAAAUUGUGGAAAAUUGUCAUCUCAAAAUAAAAUGGAUAACAAGUGUAAUUUAGGAGAAAGAAAUGAGUUAAAUGAAAAUUCAUCUCAUAAUUCAGAGCAAAGUGUAGACGACUCAUUAGCAGAUUCUGUAGAUGUUCAUUUAAAGAAAAUGACAGUCACAGACUCAAAAGUAGAAGUUGACAAAUCUGAGAUGUUAGCCAGCAAUGACUGCGAGGAGAAUUUUGGUCACUCUGCUAGAACUCUCACACCGGAGGAAAUUGCUAAACUGAAAAAAGAUGUAACCUGUGUGUCCGAUUUUAAACAGAACAAGCUUGAGAAAGAAGCUCAGAAAAACUGGGAUCUAUUUUAUAAGAGAAACACCACAAAGUUCUUUAAGGACCGCCAUUGGACAAAGCGGGAGUUUGAUGAUCUAUGCGCCUUGGAAACAGAGACAGGUCAGAGGAUAAUACUGGAGGUAGGCUGUGGGGUGGGGAACUUUAUCUGGCCACUGCUACAAGAGGACAAAUCUCUCUUCUUCUAUGCCUGUGAUUUCUCUCCUAGAGCUGUACAGUUUGUGAAGGACAAUCCUGAGUAUGACUCGACUCGAUGCUCUGCCUUCCAGUGUGACAUCACAAAGGAUGAUCUGAGUGUGACCAUUCCUCAAGACUCGGUAGAUGUGGUGUCUAUGAUCUUCGUCCUGUCAGCUAUCCAUCCAGACAAGAUGGAGGCAGCUUUAUCCAAUAUCAUGAAGGUGAUGAAGCCUGGAGGCAAUCUGUUAUUCAGGGACUAUGGUCUCUAUGAUUAUGCCAUGCUGAGGUUCGCGUCAGGUCACAAGCUGUCGGAAAACUUCUAUGUCAGACAAGAUGGAACCAGGGCUUACUAUUUCUCUACAGACAAAUUGUUAGAUCUUGUGAAGAGUGUUGGAUUUGAUAUGACAUUGAGUCAGUGUGAGUACAUACAAAGAGACACAGUCAAUAAAAAGGAGGACUUGUGUGUCCCUAGGAUAUUUGUCCAGGGGAGGUUCAUCAAACCAAAGUCACCAGAACACAGCUAAUUCAGUGUGUAUUUAUAGUGUUUCUAAAUUUGACAUUAAAUUGUGUCUGUAGAAGAGUCUAUGAAAAUAAUGGAUGUAUUUGCA